UGGCUCGUUGGUGGUGAAUCCAAAGCCUUGCUGGGAUCGAGAGUUCUUUCUGCCUCGCGACCCCCCAAAAAUUCAGUUCUCACAUACUGAAUUCAAGAGAAUUGACGACGGUUCCACCUUGACGAAGCAACUGUGGCAAGGCAAGCCUGUCCAGAAAUGCUACCGGAUGAGCCGCGAAUUCCAAGCCCGUUUGAAGAGAUUAGCACAAGCAGGAGGAGAGUAUUCAUGCACAACCUUUGAUGCAACAGCAGCUCAUGUGUGGAGAUGCUGGGUAAAAGCACUGGAUGUGAAACCUCUCAACUACGAGCUUCGCCUCACUUUCUCUGUCAAUGCUCGUGAGAAGCUGAAGGAUCCCCCUUUGAAAGAUGGGUUUUAUGGUAAUGCCUUGUGCGUGGCGUGUGCUACGAGCACCAUAGAUUGCCUCGUGAACAAACGCCUAGCUGACACAUCCCGGUUGGUGCAGGAGGCUCGGUUAGGGGUCUCAGAGGAGUAUCUGAGAUCAACACUUGACUACAUUGAUCUCUAUAGGCCUAAGAGGCUUGAAUUUGGUGGCAAACUGACAAUAACUCAAUGGACUCGGUUUUCCAUAUAUGAGUCGGCGGAUUUCGGGUGGGGUAAGCCGAUAUAUGCUGGCCCUAUCGACCUAACUCCGACACCACAAGUGUGUGUGUUUUUGCCUGAGGGAGGGGGAUUGGCUGAACCAAGUGGAGCAAUGUUGCUCUGCAUAUGCUUGCCGAAAUUUGCUAGCCAUGGAUUCAAAGAAUUGUUAUUAUCACACUGAUUUUCGUCUAACAAGUUUGUGACUGUAUAGCAGCAUCCAGCAUCUUUAGCAUGAUUUAGCUCAUAGCAUAUUUGCCUGUAAUAUAUGAAAUAUUAAGAAGGCAUGUGUUUAUUUGGAUCAGGGUUUUGAUGUGCUUUUCUUGGACCCCAAAUAAAUAUAAUAGGACAAGAUAAAUGUAGAAAGUAUUGUGAUUGUUAAGCACACACAACAUAUGAGUCAACCACACAAGAAUUAGUUGGCAAAGGCACAAAUAAAAAACUUGCUGUCUUCAUAAAAAGACUAUGAAUCAUAUUGAUUUUUGCUGUUGUUUUUGGUACAUUGGUGAUGCUAUACUUGUCUAUAUAAAGCACAGAAAUGGCGAACAGUAAGUUUCUUUGUCUAAUAUUUCUGUUGGUCAAUGUCUGUUUUGCUGCCGUGAAAAUGGUGCUCUCCGGUGUUGCGACACCACCAGGCCCGGCAAUGUUUGUAUUGGGGGAUUCGUCCGUGGAUUGUGGAGACAACAAUCCGUUCAACGGACUCUUCCACAGAAAUCUAUCGCGGUUCCCUUGCAAUGGCUCUGAUACAACUCUUCUUCCUCAGCUUCUUGCAAAGAAGAUGAGGUUGCCGUAUACGACACCAUUCUACAGCCAAAAUGGGUCGAUUAAUCGAAUUUUAGAUGGUCUCAACUUCGGGUCAGCAGAAGCUAGCAUCCUCUCCUCUAGCAGUCGAAACUACCAGUCCCUCAACCAGCAACUCCGGCAAGCAGUCGAGACUAUCCAGUUGUUGCAGCUCCAGCUCGGUGAAUCAACUGCUGACACUUUCAUCAACUCUUCCAUCUUCUACCUCUCCUUUGGGAAGGACGACUUCAUUGAUUUCUUCCACGGUAACUCGUUAGGUAACAAUGGCUUCGACUUUGCCCACAUUUUGGUUGAGCAGAUGACAAAUGCCGUGAAAACUCUCUACGCCUCUAAUGUGAGGAAGAUAGUGUGCGCUGGUGUUGUGCCGUUGGGGUGUGCCCCGCACGCGCUGCUGCUAGAGUCUGGUGGUGGUGGUGGUGAUGGCGAUGGCACGAGGAGAGCCUGCUUGGACGAGGUCAACGAGGUGGUGUCGUACUAUAACAGGCGACUGGAGGGGAAUAUAGCCGCCAUGGAUCGACACAUGGGAGACGCACGCGUCAUCUUCUGCGAUGUUUAUCAGGCUGUGAUGGAGUUCAUCAACCAUCCCCACAAAUACGGCAUAGAGGAUGUUCGGAACGCGUGCUGUGGAGUGGUUAGGGGCGGCGAGAUGAGUGGUUGCGUGUCGACGGAGAUGGCCUGCCGGGAAGCUUCGAGCCACCUGUGGUGGGACUUGUACAACCCCACCCCUGCCGUCAACACCCUCUUGGCUCAUUCUGCAUGGUCUUCGCCUUCCCUUUGCCGCCCUUUCUCUUUGAAACACAUGCUCUGAUCUCAUCACUCUCCUUCACUUUACCAUAAAAUAAGAAAUAAAAGUAUUUUGCAUUGAAUUAGCCAAAAGAUAUGGUAAUACUUGUUUUGUAAUCAAAUCAAAUUUGUAUGGUCCUUUCCAAUUGAGCAAAAAAGAAUUGUAUAUUUGUUUAUUUUGGAGCCAUGAGUAUUUUUUUUGUUUGAGUUGAAAAGGCAAUAAAAAUUGAAUCAUAAACCUCUUUAUUAGUAUUAGAUGAUUUUCAUCAUUUGGAUGUGUAUUGAGGGACUCUCUUUAUUAAGAGUGGGAAACAAACAAGUUAUUUCUAACAAGAAAUGGAGCCUUUAAUGGUU